GAUAAACAGUGACGCCAUCACUGCAACGUGAAGAACACACAAUUCGCGCAAUUUUUGUAAUGGUUAAAAGCACAGAGUUGGGCUUCAGUUUAUUUAUCUAACGUUACUGAAAAUGGAUGAGGACGAGGCACAAAAACAGAGACUUAAAGCGGCUGUGCAUUAUACUGUCGGCUGUCUGUGCCAAAACAUCGCCGCGGACUGCGAGAAACAAAUCACUAAACAGACAAUAGCAGCUAUUGCGGAGACAGCGUUCAGACAGUGCGAUAUAUUUGCCAAGGACUUGGAAGCGUUUGCGAGACAUGCUAAAAGACACACAGUUACAGUGGACGAUGUAAAGCUGACAGCGAGGAGAACCACUGCACUGUACAACUACAUUCAGCAGAAAAGUGAAGAACUGGCUUUGAACAACCAAGAACUGAAGGAGAAGAGGAAGAAAAAUGCUGCCAAGAGGAAGAGCAAAGACAUGGAAGCUGAGGAGGAGAAUGAGCUUGAAGACUGA